ACGUGGUAGUCACAGCGCGAGCUUCUCAGGAGACCACCGACAGCAAUCAAACGAGGACCAAACCAACGUUUAACGGAAUCAUGAAGGCGAUCAGUCCCGUCCGCUCGGUGAGGAACUGCUACAAGGCGGUGUGCUGCAUCUCGGAGCAGAGUCUCGCCAUCAACCGGACUAACAAGCACUGCUGCGAGGACGAGCCGGUGAGCGCCCUGUGCGACAUGAACGACUGCUACUCCAGGCUGAAGGAGCUGGUUCCGAGCAUCCCGCAGAACAAGUCGGUCAGCCAGGUGGAGAUCCUGCAGCACGUCAUCGACUACAUCUUCGACCUGCAGAUCGCGCUGGAGGCUGUGGACCCGUCCGCGCCGGAGAUGGUUCUGUCUAUAAAGACUUCAGACAUCACUCGCAAUUUCUCUAAAGAAGAAGGUCGAUUGUGCCAUUAGGAUCACCAUGGCGCUCUGUGGUGCAGAGAAACACAUGUCUCCACUUCACUCCGGGCAAGAGGACAAGAGGGGAAGAAAAGGGUGGGAUAGGUAUUUGGGAUAGAAGGAGACAAGAGGAGGAGGAGGAGGAGGAGGAGGAGGUGAAGGGUUUAAAGUAGGAGGAAAAAUGAGGACUGUUUCUCCCAGAGAUGAGAGGAGAUCAACAGUGGUGCAUGAGCAUGAAAACAGAGACUCAUUCUUUGGCUCCUGGACAGACAGAGCGACACAACAAAGCAGAAGUCCAAGAUUGGAAAAUAACAAACUGUCUUCCUCACACAGUUGGGAUUCCAAGUAAAUAGAAGUAGAAAUAUAUUGGUACAUUUUUUCUUUAAUCUUUAUUUUUUUCAAUGGAUUCCAGACCAGUUUGUUGGCUGACCUCCACACUCAGACUGAAUAUACAAACCUUAUCUUGCACCUCGUUUAAUUAUCACCCCCAAAACAAAGUUUUGUUGAAACUUUGGCACGUGUCUUUGUGUCAGCCAUGGGUAUGUACGGUGUGAGUCAUCAUGGACGUCUAAAUGUAUUUUGGUGUGUAUGUAUGUGUGUAAAUCCAAACUCUAUAAUAGAGUUUAUUGUUACUGUUUGUAGGGAUUGUUAUUUCUGCAGACCAUGCGCUAUGAGUUUCAUAAACUCCCUACUGUAGAUUUGACUUUGUAUGUAUGGAAAUGUAAAAAAAAAAAAAAAAGAAUUAAAGGUUAUGUCAAUCACUGUG